AUGUGUCUACAUUCUUCUAACAGUUAUCAGCUAUCAAUGAAGCAAGUCAGUGUGCUGGUGGAUGUUAUGGGCCUGUCUCCACUGUGGUUCUUGCUUCUUCUUGGUCUUUUCAUGGGGCCCGGGGCUUCCUCUGAGGACUCAGCCCGCAUGGUGAUAACUGGCACCUUAGGGGCGUCUGUCACUCUACCCCUGCAGUGGCCACCUGGACAGCAGGUGGAGAGUGUCUCCUGGAUGACCCGCACUGUCUCUGUGGCAAUUGCUGAGGUAACCCUGAGAGAAGCUGGAGGACUGGACAUAUUUCACCAAUCGGAAACCCGCUACCAGGGCAGACUGCAUGUUGUGGGCCCAGGUCACUCUCUGAAGAUCAGCAACCUGAGCCGGGAGGAUGCAGGCUACUACCGAGCCCGCAUUAACCUGAGGAGGCCCCUUAACACCCACAUCCGGGAGUAUAUCCUGCAAGUCUACGAGCAGCUGGGCCAGCCCCGUGUUACCCUCAGCUCCAGGAUGGGUGAAAAUCAACACUGUACCUUCAUCCUGACCUGUGUAGCAGAAAGCAGAGGAGACCCUGUGACCUACAGCUGGGCACCCCUGGGGCCCUGGACUGUCGUGUCCCAUGGAGGGUCUGUCCUCAGUGUCUCCCUGAGGCCUGGCCACCAUGCUCUGAUGUUCACCUGUACAGUCAAGAAUCCAGUCAGUAGUAGCAGCUCCCUCCCAGUCUCACUGCCAGACUUCUGUGCAGAGAAGCUGCAGGAGCCCAAUAUCACCACCAGCUCACAGAUCAUGAACAAUGAGACCUGCUUCAUCACCCUGGUCUGUUCUCUGGACCAGGCUGGAGAGGACGUUGAAUAUAGCUGGGACCCCUAUGACCAGGGGACAGUUGUGUCCCAUGGGGGGACCACUCUCAGAACCUCCUGGAAAUCUGGGGACAGUCACAGCUACCGCUGCACCGUCAAGAACCCUGUUAGCCAGAGAUCUCGCUCCAUCCUGGCAAGGCCCCUCUGCUCAGCCUCUUUCCUACCCUGCUCCCUAAGGAAAGAAUUUCUUCUCUGUUUAAUCCUGGGAACUCUGGAAAUGAAAUAG